AUGAUAGUUAAAAGUAUACUAUCAUCUCAUCAAUUCAUCGCUGUGUAUACACAUACAUGUAGAGAUGUGAAUGUAUACAUUCGUCUGCCGUUCAUCAUUUCUCCUCAUUUGAUCAUUGUUCAUUUUUCUUCUCGUCUGAUCGUUCUGUGUGAGACGCACGGAUUGAAAAUGGAAGUGACUUCGACAUUAUCAAAAACGUUUAAAAAGUUUACUAUACCUCGAAGUACAUCUUCUAUGGGUUCGUUCACAACAGCGAAUGGCACAGCAACGAAUGUCGAACAAAGAUUUGAAGAAUUAACAACAAGUCAAACAAUACCACCGCCACCAGCACCAUUUAAUGGUCAUUCAUCAUCGCAUCAUAAGCAUCCCCCGUUAUCUUACGUUCAACAUAUGCGACCAGUUCAGCAUCAUUCACAACAAAAUUUAUCUUUAUCUCUGCAACAACAAGAGCAAGAAUUACAACAACAGCAGCAACCACAAUAUCGCUUACCAACUCGCCCAGUCAGUAGUGAUAUCUCUUCCUUUAUUGUACGUUCAGCAACAACAGAUUUUCAUCCAUCGAACGAAUACUCCCCACAAGAAAGCAAAAUGAAUCAUUCGAUUUCAAAAUCAUCUUUUUAUAAGUCAUCGAUACAACGUGAUAUGAGUUACGAUAAUAUCAAAAGCUUAACCUUCGAUGAUAACACGAAAUCAAAAUCUCAGCCAAAUCCUCCUAAUCGCUCUUCAAUAAAAUCUAUAUUGACGAAAAAAUUUCAUCCUUCAAAUACGAAUGAAUCAAUCAGUCAGCCCACUAAAACAGAUAUUAAACCUAAGAAGCGCCGCACAUCUUUCCGUCAUCUUUCACAAUUUCUUAAACGCAGUCAUAGUACAAAUACAGAUUUAUCCACAAUCGCAAGCAAUCAUACAUCUAACGAUCAUGAUCAAGACCAGCAACAACAACAACAACAACAAAUACAAAACAAGCUGACAGCCGAUUUAAUCUACCAACGUUUACAUACUAAACAAAUCGAUGAUCAUGAUUCUUCUUUCCUGACACGUUCAAACACAAGUAUUAUGUGUAAUGGUAGUGGUACUGCGCUAGUACCAAUAUCUGAAGAAGAAAAUCCAAUUCCAGUUAAACAAUCAAAUCGAUUGAAAGCAACUCAGAUUGAUGAUGAAGAUUAUUAUUACGAUAACACAACUCGAUCUGAUAGUGGUGUGUUAACACAUCAACAAACACAGAGAAUUGCACCUAGUCUUAGUUUAUCUUCAUCAUCAUCAUAUAUCUCAGCUCAUACAUCAUCUCCGUCGGGUGUGUCAUCAUCGUCGAAUAAAAACCGAAAUGUUGUUAUCAAUAGUAAUCAAUAUUAUCAUCGAGAUGAUUUCGUCAAACCGUCCAAAUCUCCAACAUCAAUAACAUCUAACAUUGGCACAGCAUUAUCUGUGCUCGCUAAUAAUAAUACUAAUAAACAUCAUUUGACCAAUUCGAUUAGUUUACAUGCCGAUGUUCAUAGUUUAAUUAAAGCUCAAAAGAAUGACCUGCAUUUAUCGGCAUCUGCAUUAAACGAUGUGGAGUUAUCGUCAUCAUCGACGAAUAGCAAAGAUCAAACUGUUGUUCCAUCGACUGUACCAUUUCCAACAACUGACCUAGACAAUUCAACUCAACAGGCGACUAAAGUCAAAAUGCGUGAACACAGUUCGAAGAAACGCAAAACUCUGCGCGAUCUCAAGUCGCGCAUAUCGUUACCGCCUGAGUUAAAAAAUAGCUUUUCCUUUACAAAACAAACGCCAACGACUAAUCAUAAUAAUAACAAUAACAGUCUCCAUCAACCAUCUGGCAAUAGUCUCAUUAAUAAAUUGAAAUUCAGCCAACAGCAGCAACGUUCGUCGUAUUAUCAAACGAACUCUUUAUCAACUCAAACGCUUAACAAUGUUCUACAUCAAUCGAAUUCUUCGUUAUUACGUCUUUCACCCUCACAGUUGAAUACGAGUAUCAACGGUCAAUUGAGUCGAAAUGAACAACGUCUUUCCAUGCUUGAUCUUGGUUUUGGAAAGAUCGAAUCUUACGUGAAAUUAGAAAAAUUAGGGGAAGGUACAUAUGCGACAGUUUACAAAGGCAAAUCUCAUUUACUGAAUGGUUAUAUUGCAUUAAAAGAAAUUCGACUGGAACAAGAGGAAGGUGCUCCAUGUACAGCGUUACGAGAAGUGAGCUUAUUAAAAGGACUGAAACAUAAUAAUAUCGUUAGCUUACAUGAUAUUAUCUUUAAUCAAACGACAUUAACACUUGUGUUUGAAUUCGUGGAGAAAGAUUUGAAACAAUAUAUGGACGAUUGCGCAAAUAUUCUUAAUAUAAAAAAUGUUCGCUUGUUUUUAUUUCAACUCCUGCGUGGUUUGGAUUAUUGCCAUUCGAAGAAGAUUCUUCAUCGAGAUCUCAAACCACAAAACCUCUUGAUUAACGAACGUGGUGAAUUGAAACUGGCUGAUUUCGGUCUAGCACGUAUAAAGUCUUUUCCAACGAAAACCUAUUCUCAUGAAGUUGUUACAUUAUGGUAUCGACCACCCGAUGUUCUAUUGGGCAGUACUGAGUAUUCAACGCCAAUCGAUAUUUGGGCUGUCGGCUGCAUUUUCUAUGAAAUGGCGUGUGGUCGACCAUUAUUUGCCGGUACAAAAGUCGAUGAAGAGUUAUAUCUGAUCUUCAAAUGUCUUGGUACACCAACUGAACAAACCUUACCCGGUGUAACAGCAAAUCCUGAUUUUCAAGCAUUGAGAUUACCAUACUAUCAAGGUGAAUCAUUAAACCAUCUCGCGCCACGUCUGGACCAAACAGGAAUUGAUCUCUUGGAGAAGUUCUUACGUUUUAAUCCGCAUUCUCGAAUAUCUGCUCAUGACGCUAUGCUGCAUAAGUUUUUCGCUUGCUAUCCACCAGCUAUACAUACUCUAGGACCAUUACAAUCAGUGCUGGAUCUGAAUGAGAUUGUUUUAACAAAAGAUCAUGGUUCAAAGCUCAUUACAGCGUCGCUCAUGAAAACGGCCAUUUCGAAACGAUCGAGUGUCCAUCUGUGA